AUGGAGGAAUGGAAUCAAACCACCAAUGGUUUCUUCUUGCAGGGGUUAUUUCCCCCAACAAAAACCGGCCUGCUCCUCUUCCUCCUGGUUGGCCUCAUCUUCCUAAUUGCCUUCUUGGGUAACUCAACCAUGAUUUUCCUCAUUUGGAUGGAUCGCCAUCUCCACACCCCCAUGUACUUCCUACUCAGCCAGCUCUCCCUCAUGGACCUAAUGUACAUUUGCAGUACAGUUCCCAAGAUGGCCUUCAACUUUCUGUCUGGGGACAAUUCCAUUUCUUUGGUGGGUUGUGGUUUCCAAAUUGCCUCCUUCUUAAUCCUGGCAGGUUCUGAAGCGUUACUCCUGGCAUCUAUGGCUUAUGACCGUUAUGUUGCUAUUUGCCGCCCCCUCCAUUAUCCUAUUGUCAUGAACAAGAGAAUGUGUUUGCUGAUGACUGCCGGGUCUUGGAUCUCUUCAUCCAUCAACUCCAUUCUCCAUACAGCGUAUGUACUCAGUAUGCCCUAUUGCAAAUCUAGGGUCAUUAACCAUUUCUAUUGUGAUAUUCCAGCCAUGGUGCCUCUUGUCUGCAUGGAUACCUGGGCCUAUGAAUGCACAGUGCUCUUCAGCACCAAUCUGUUUCUUUUGGCCCCUUUCCUUUGCAUCACGGCUUCCUAUGGUCGGGUUCUUUACGCCGUCCAUCACAUACGCUCAUCACAAGGGAGGAAGAAAGCCUUCACCACCUGUUCUACCCACCUGACUGUGGUCACCUUCUACUAUGUCCCAUUUGUGCAUACAUAUCUGAGGCCCGCAUCUAUGCGUACUCCAGAGGAGGACAAGAACUUGGCUGUCUUCUACACAAUACUCACCCCUAUGCUUAACCCUAUCAUCUAUAGUUUGAGGAAUAAGGAGGUAUUGGGGGCCCUCCAGAGAGUCUUUGGGAGAUCCUUGUCCCAAAAAGAGUAG